GUCUGUGUUGACAAUCGACAGCAUACCGUAAAUAUAAGUUGCUGUGACCUCCGUGAGGAAGUUGUGAGCGAUUUUGCAUUUGAUAAUCGGUUUGGAUUGUAAAGUUUGGCUGGUGCUUCGCUACCGCUUGGAGCCUGCGUGCGUAACUAUUGGGAACAAAUAAUUUCUCCGCCUGGCUGCCUUUCUAACACUCGGGGAGUAUCUCGCUGCACGCAGUGGAAUGCUGCUGAGUAAACAUGCAGAGGCUUGUGCUUUUUGGGGGUAGUAGUAACUGGUUUUUUAGCUGAGCUCCCUCGUUGAAGAGAGCAAAUCCAGCAUUCUUUUGUCUGGCCGAAAUAGAGAGGGAAACGUCUUCUUGCAGUUCGAAAAUUUGCAGUCGGGGAAAAAUGUUAUCUUGGAAAGCAAAUAUGAAGAGAGGCAACAAAUGUAAUCUCGGAAUGUCGGUAUUCUGCUUGAGAGAGUAAGCAGGACAGAUUUUUUUUUUAACUUCCUCUCAAAAAAAAAAUCCUUUUGGUGAAGCUGGAAAUAUUUGGGAAGAUGGGGAUCCUUGUUUUCCUUCUGAUCUGGAGUUUAAUCUUAAACUUGACCUAUGGACACAGUUUGUUCACGUGUGAGCCUAUUAUUAUCCCAAGAUGUUCUCAGAUGACUUACAAUAUGACAUUUUUUCCUAAUAUGAUGGGACAUUAUGAUCAGGACACUGCAGCUUCCCACUUGAAGCUCUUCCUUCCUCUUCUGAAUCUUAAGUGCUCCCCAGAUGUCCAUGCAUUUCUGUGCAAAGCCUUUGUGCCUGCUUGCUUUGAACAAACACGUGUUGUUCACCCUUGCCGGAGCCUUUGUGCAAGAGUGUAUGAGGACUGUAAAAAGAUGAUAGACAUGUUUGAAAUUGGGUGGCCUAAGGAACUUGAAUGUAGCAGAUUGGAGGACUGUGAUGAUACUGCUGCUGUCACUGCUUCUUUUACUACAAGAUCCUGGGACGCAUGGAGGAUCUCAGGGCAGCCCAAAAGGGACUAUGGAUUUUGGUGUCCACGUCAUUUGCAGACAUCCAGUGGACAAGGCUAUAGGUUUUUAGGCAUUGAGCAGUGUGCACCUCCUUGCCCCAACAUGUACUUCAAUAAUCAUGAGCUAGAAGUUGCCAAAAGCUUUAUUGGCAUUGUUUCAAUUUUUUGCCUUUGUGCCACUCUGUUUACGUUCCUAACAUUUUUGAUAGAUGUUAAAAGGUUCAGGUAUCCAGAGAGGCCAAUUAUAUACUAUUCUGUUUGUUAUAGUAUAGUGUCUCUCAUUUACUUCCUCGGGUUUGUCCUAGGAAACACAGCGGCCUGCAAUAAGGGCGAUGAAAAGUUACAGCUUGGUGACACGGUCGUUCUUGGUUCUCAGAACAAAGGUUGCACCCUUGUCUUCAUGGCUUUGUAUUUUUUCACAAUGGCCGGAACUGUCUGGUGGGUGAUCCUCACAGUCACUUGGUUCCUUGCUGCUGGAAGAAAAUGGAGCUGUGAAGCUAUUGAACAAAAAGCCAUGUGGUUCCAUGCAGUUGCCUGGGGCAUGCCGGGGUUUCUCACGGUGAUGCUCCUUGCCAUGAACAAAGUGGAAGGUGACAACAUUAGUGGUGUCUGUUUCAUUGGCCUCUACGACUUAGCUACGUCUCGAUAUUUUGUCCUCCUGCCUUUGUGCGUUUGUGUCUUUGUCGGUUUAUCUCUUCUUUUAGCGGGUAUUAUUUCUCUAAAUCAUGUGCGCCAAGUCAUACAGAAUGAUGGCAGGAAUCAAGAAAAGUUGAAAAAAUUCAUGAUUCGAAUCGGUGUCUUCAGCGGCUUAUACCUCGUACCUCUGGUGAUACUCUUGGGCUGUUACAUCUAUGAGCAGGUGUAUAGGAAGAUUUGGGAAACUACUUGGGUUUAUGACCACUGUGACCAAUUCCAUAUACCCUGUCCUUAUCAGGUCAAAACAUUAGCUAGACCGGAAAUAACUUUGUUUCUAAUGAAGUACCUGAUGACUUUAAUUGUUGGCAUCUCUCCAGUCUUCUGGAUAGGAAGUAAAAAGACCUGUUCAGAAUGGGCAAGUUUCUUCAAAAAAAAUCGCAAAAGAGAUCCAAUCAGUGAAAGUCGGAGAGUGUUGCAAGAAUCGUGUGAAUUUUUCUUAAAACACAACUCUAAAGCAAAGCACAAGAAGAAACACUACAAAUCCAGUUCUCACAAACUGAAAGUGAUUUCGAAAUCAAUGGGGACUAGCACGGGUGCUACAAGCAAUCAUGGGACUUCCGCAGUGGCCAUUGCUAACCAUGAUUACUUAAGCCAUGAAGCUUUAACUGAGAUCAAAAGUUGUCUGGAAGCAUCUGAGAGAGAGAUGGAAGCAGAUGUUGUACGUAGUCAGAGAGUGGAGGAAGAGGAGAUUCCUCAUAGUGAACAAAGCAUGUUACAAAUGCGGUGCAGCCCUAAAGUGCCUGUGCAAGAACAAGAGAGCAAAGCAGACAACAAGCAAGAUAUUGUCAGCUUGUCUGAAAGCAUGAAGAGAGCGGCUGAAGAGAGGACAACUCCUAAAAAUGACGUUACUGAAACUCUUCCAGUCCAACUUGGUCAUUCACAUCCCAGUGUUUCCCAGCUUGGCAGUACCAAGGGAUCAGGAUUGCUGUUUGCCCACUCAUCUUCGGAUUCAAGGAAAGCUCACGAGUCUGGUCAUAGCUCAAAUGGUUGAGAAGAUGAACAAAUAUCAGUUUGUCCACGCUGGCUUGGAAUUCUCCCUCUGAAGUCUAGGACCUCUGAGAAGCACCAGGUUAGGAAAAAAACCUGUUUCAUGAAUAAUUUGAGGUCAAGAAAUGAUUCUAUUCUGGGCUAAUACUGAACAUGAGACACGCAUUGUGUCUUGUAAAUAAGCACACAAACACCCAUCGCACCAAGGAAAAAUAAAAUAAUAUUGUAGAUAGACACUGUGCACUUAUUCCUUCUAUAGAAUCUGUUACCAAAAAUAAAAGAAGAAAAGGGCAAAUGUGUAAUUUGCUUUAUGUCAAACUGUGGUGAAAUAAUAAACGGAAAGAUUUUAUAUUCUGAAGAAUAUUGAAGAAAACUUAAUUGCCUUAAGAUCUUUUUAGUAGUGCUAUUUAUGCUUUAAAAUGGAGUAUGAACUGCUGACCUUUCAGAUGUGGUAGUCCAUCUCCAUAAGCCUCAACUCCAGUUGCCAAUGAUUAAGGAUGAUGUAUUAUUACAAGAACACCUGUUGAUCUUCAUCUUAGGGAUUAAACUAACAUGAAUUGCUGUGUCAUACAAUAAUAAACUAUACAGAGUUUGUAGGAGGAGUACUGGAUGCAUCCUAACAGAAUAAAAGGACAUUCCUUCAGUAAUCUCUGAAAACCACUGAAAAAAAGUCCAGGUAACUGUAGCAACUGGGACUUUCUCAGUUGGAAGCUAGAACUGAUCCUGCUUUCUUCCUCCCAUCAACUAUCUCUGGCCUUUUAGUCUUAGAUCUUUCUUACAAUCUAAUUGGGGAAAGUCAUGCCUUGUACAGGUAGUCUUCAACUUACAACUACAAUUGAGCCCAAAAUUUCUCUUGCUAAGCGAGGCAGUUGUUAGCUGAGUU